AUGUCCGACUCCGAAACCGCAAAAAAGCUGUCCAAAUCACAAGUAGAUAACAAUGCCAUCAGCCCUUCCCCCGCGUCUCCUGCACUAUCUGCAAAGAGCGGAAACGUACAGGAACCAAAAGCCCAAAAGUCCUCUAAGUCAAUGAGAGUUACUCCAAUUCCAUCUACUCACGUGCUUAUGAAUUACCAACCGCACCACACAGGUUCCGCAUCUCACCACAGACAAUACGUCCUACUCAAAGAUAAAGGAGGCGCCACAAGUUCGCCAAAUGUAGCUGGGAAUAGUACGGUGUCCUCUCCAAAAGUGAGUACGCCCUCACAUACGGGGCCUAAUGUCCACCCGGGUAAAGCAAAGCCAUUCUUACGAAAAGCACCAAGCUCAAAGUACAUUUUCAGCGUUGACGACGACGAGGACGAAGUUGAGGAGGACUUGAACAGAGAGUACUUGGAAGGUUAUUCAGAUGCCUUACGUCAUCGCUUCAAGAAGGCUCUUACAACACAAGCAGAUUCCAAUGAUCCAAAGUCCCGCAAGAUUCAAGAGUUGGAGGCCGAGAUUGCGCAAAACCUAUUGGCAACUUCAAAGGAUUUGGCUAUCUUACGAGAAAGAGAGGGAGACUAUAUCCACCACGACGGUGAGGAGAGUUCAUUCGUGCAGGCUGAAGAUAGCCAGCCUAUAAAACCUCGCGUUUCCGCUCAGGAUCUCUCUGAAAGAGAUGGCGACAAUUCUGACGCUGAGUCUACAUCUUCUGCUGAGAGUUUUACAUUGAGGGGCAGACAGGAUGCUAUCAAUGAGACGCAUCCUUUCGGUAUACGUAUUUGGAAGCCAGCUAUCUACAAGAAAAACAGAUCCGUCGAGAUCGAGGCAGAGAACGAUAUUCAUUCGACACCACAAAUCGCUAGGGAAGUUUCUGCUACAAAUGCAUUUUGCAACUUUAUAUGGAGUUGCACUUUCGGUUUUGUGUUGUUAAUGCUAUGUGUUGCGAUGGGAUGCAUCACAUUAGUGUUCACGGCGUUUACAAAUCCUAAAAACAAUGAUUCCAUCAGAUAUGCAAAACUGUACUUGCAUCUGGGCACUUAUUUGUUUGUUCCAUUUGGAAAAAUCAUCCUACUAAGAGCAGACAAAAACUAUCUCACAGAAGAUGCGAACGUGGGAAGCACGCUUGCCGAGUUUGCAAGAUGGAGAACACAAGAUGAAGGACGUCUCUUUUAUGCUGCCCCCGAUCGAAAAAGACGUGCAAGCGAGACUACUCCUUUGAAUUCCCAUGUAGGUGCUAACUAUGCAUCUGAUGGAAAUUACGAAAACAACGAGGAGUUAUUUGAUGAGGACGAAGAUACCACGUUCUACAAGCAGAGGCUCUUUGGAAGAGGAAAAUGGAAUAUUGGACGACUUAUCUUCUAUGUAUUGUUCUAUGCUUGUGCCCAGCCAGUUAUGCUUGCAUUGGGUGCAGCUCUAUGGUUACUUGUUUUCACAAUCCCGAUGGCCAAGGUGCUUUUUACUGUGUGCUAUCAUAUCAGGAGACACCCGUUAGCACUGUCCAUCGAAAUUGAAAAGGACUAUUACCAACGCAAGUUGGCUUCGAACACGUCAAACGAAUCCAUUUUGAUUUGCACCUACAGAAGUCUUGGAUUCCACUACUACAAAUAUACCGUGGACGGUACGAACAUUUUCUUUAUCAACCUCAUAUUCCUGGUGAUCUUUACCAUAUUCGAUUUCUUUGUUCUAAAAGAGUACUUUGGGUUUGAAUCCCUAUUUGUUUCUCCAGUGGUCAUAUUUAUUUUGUGCCUUGUCUCUGUUAUUCCGUUAGCAUAUUUCAUCGGUCAAGCUGUUGCCUCAAUUUCUGCGCAAACUUCAAUGGGUUUGGGUGCCGUCAUCAAUGCGUUUUUCUCCACUAUCGUGGAAGUGUUCUUGUACUGUAUUGCGCUGAAUCAGUCAAAAGGGAAGCUUGUUGAGGGAUCCAUGAUAGGGUCCAUUUUGGGAGCUGUUCUACUUCUGCCCGGGACUUCAAUGUGUGGCGGGGCUUUUCGUCGAAAGACGCAAAGAUACAACCCUGCAUCUGCUGGCGUUUCCUCCACAAUGCUCCUUUAUGCCAUAUUCAUCAUGCUCUCUCCCACAAUUUUAUAUGAGAUUUAUGGACAAUAUGAGGUUCAGUGCUUUGACUGCGAACCUGAAUACACCGAAAAUGGAACAGAUUGCAAAAAGUGUCAUUUCUUGCAGCCGAAUCUCGCGGUGGAUAAGCUAUAUCUGGACUAUUUGAGGCCUUUUGCCGCAAUUUGUGCCAUUGGGCUGUUUUUGGCGUACUGCAUUGGACUGCUCUUUACUCUCAAAACACAUGCGGCACUCAUUUGGAGUACUCCCGUGGUGUCUGAAAAGGAAAAGAAAACGGAGAACUAUGGCGGUGUUGCGACAGAGAACACGAGCAUCAAAUCUCUUCGUCUUGAUAACACUCUCACCCAUAGGAAAACUCAGGGCAAUAGUCAGAAAGGAACACCUGGGAAGCAACCUAUGCAAAGCCCAGCCUUCCAAGCUACACAACCUGGACAGCCGGGCCAGCCAGCGCAAACUAUACAAACAACAGACGAUGGUGGCCAUGACGCUCCGAAUUGGUCCAGAACGAAAAGUACCACAAUUCUGCUUCUGGCAACUUUAAUGUAUGCUGUCAUUGCCGAAAUUCUCGUGGACGUAGUGGAUGAUGUUCUUAGUGCCUUCCCUAUCGAUCCAAAGUUCCUUGGACUGACAGUGUUUGCGUUGGUGCCCAACACUACCGAGUUCGUCAAUGCUAUUUCUUUUGCAACACACGGAAAUGUGGCACUUUCAAUGGAGAUUGGAUCUGCAUAUGCGCUACAGGUUUGUCUGUUGCAAAUUCCAAUCGUCACCAUGUACUCCUCGUUCAGAAACAUUAAAGCCACACCGGCUGACAUUAACAAUCUAUUUUCAUUGAUAUUCCCUCGCUGGGAUUGCAUAGCGUCACUCAUCUCGGUGUAUAUGUUCACCUACGUGUAUGCCGAGGGCAAGUCCAAUUAUUUCAAGGGCUCAAUCCUGAUCCUGGUCUAUAUCAGUGUUCUGGCAGGAUUUUACUUCUCGCUCGUCAUCGACGCGAAUGGGGUGUCCAUAAUACACACUUUAUGA